AUGUUCGAAGACCUGGACCCGCCUUACCUCGCAGCUUGUGGCGUCACCAGUUUCUUCCAUCGUUGUGGCUCCGACCCGGGGCUCAGUUGGGUCCACGUUGCGAGGGAGGCCGUGGGAUCCAAGCGUGGUCGCGGGUCGGCGUCGGAGCAGAGGUCCUCGAAGGUGGUGCGCCAGCGGAGUGAUGCGCAGCCUCGGCCGCUGGAAGUACAGACACUGCGCGUCCAGCCCUUCGGUGCACAAAGCUUGCCUCCGCAACGCCGUCCGGCUGGCGCUGCUGCACCCGCAGCCCCUGCGCCUCCUGACGAGCACCGCUCCGACGACGAGCCUGCGCCCGAGUUCGCCGCCGCGGAUCAGGACGAGGACGAGCGGAUGCUCCAGGCUGUUGCCGAGCGCGGUGCCCGAGCCACGGGCGUGCACGAGGAGGGCGUGGGCGACGGGGGCGAGGUCGAGGUCGUCACGCAGUUGACGCUGCUGCACGCCCACCUGAAUGUGGCCUUCCAGCGCGGGUUGGCCUCACUCGACGACAUCUCGCUCCGCGAUGAAAUGCGCAAACGGGUUUUCACGCUGCAGACCGUUCCUGUGAAGAUCCGCGGCGCUGCGCGCACCGCUAUGCGGGCUGGCCUACAGCUCGCUGCGGACCAGGCAUCGCCGGAACAGGAACUACGUGGUUGGAAACUCUUUGUGCUUGCCCCUCGCAUGCUCCUGUAUCGCGAGCCAGGUGUUACUCGCCUGACGCCAGACGAGCUUCACCGCCGCGUCACGCUCUUCCAGCAAGGUGCAUGGCUGCAACUCCUCCGUGACGCUGCCCUCGCAGCAGGAGCAGGGCGCCGCCGCCACACCACUGUGCCUGACACGGAGGCGACGAGGGCUGCCCGUGCCACUGCCCUCGUCCACCUCGGUGAGCUCUCAGCGGCCGGGCGUGCACUGGUUGCAGCUCCACUUGCUCCGGGCAACGAGGAGACCUUCGCCGAACUUCAAGACCCUGCCCGCCGCCCAUCCCGGCCAUACGCGCCAAUGCCAGCUCACAUCUUGGACUUCCGUCCGGAAGGCAACUCCCAGCUACCGGCGCAUGUACUCUGCACUGCCCUCCGCACCGCCAGGCGUGGGUCCGCGCCAGGACCCUCCGGAAUGACGAACGAGCACUUACGUGUACUCCUUGACGAUGAGGAAGAUAGCGCUCUGCUGCACACCGCUGCUGAGCGCGUGGUGCAGGGCCGCGCCCCCCCGGCCGUCAUCGAAGCGCUGCGUGUCGGCCGCUUGGUUGCCUUGCGCAAACCCGCAGGGGGUGUCCGUGCACUCGUCGUCGGGGACGUGCUGCGGCGACUCGUCGGCAGAGUGAAGGCGGCGAACAAGGUGAUCCGUUGA